CCAGCUGCAGAGUGAGGAAAUGGGGGAAAGGGGCCUGAGCUCCGCCUCCCGGAAACAGCCCAGUUCCAAUCGCAAAACCUCCCACUCAGCCCGACGCGUCCCGGCAGCUUCCCGCAGGUUGGCGGGCGGCGGGCGGAGUGAGGGCAGCUGGACUACGGCGCUGCACGUGGGCGGCGCGCCUGGCGCCGCAGCCUCGCGCUUCCCCAGGCUCCUUCCGGGGUCCAGCCUGCUGGGGCGCACGGCCCGGCCCCUUCUCCUCCCCCCGGGUCAGGGGUCGGGGGAACCCGUAGCUCCGUCGUGCUCCGCCCCGUGGUUGCCGGGGCAAUCCGCGACGCGCGCAGCCUCGCCUGCAGCUCUGGACGCGACAAGUCCAGCUCCUCCGGGGAAGCUUCUGACCAUGGCCUCGCUACGCACUGCCCAUCCCAGGCUGAGGAACUACUUCAAGGAGAACUACAUUCCUCAGGUCUGCGAGGCACUGUUAUGUGGUAUUCUUGUUACAUGUCCUGAGGAUCCACUGAGAUAUUUAGAGAAAAUGCUAAUUUUAAUCAUUGAGAAUGGUCUUGAAAGUCUUCUUUGGGAUAUGUGCAUUGAUCCAUCAAUGAAACCAAAAAUUCGAAGAUUGUCUGAAACUUACCUAGAACAACUUUUUGGACUGGAUGAUCAGCUGGUGACUCCAGAAUUGAUGAUAAAAGCAUGUAGCUUUUACACUGGACAUUUACUGAAGACCCAUUUUUGCACUUGGAAAGACAUAGCAAUACCUCCUGUACGUGAAGAUGAUAUUUUGGCUGAAAAAAUGGAAAGAGCAAUAAGAUAUUACAAUUCCAUACUUCAAAAAUCUGUGUUUCGUCAUUGGCAUUCUUAUGUGGAAAGUCACAAAGAAAAACUUAAAGCUACAAUGGAGCGGUUACAACAGAUGUUCUAUUGUCAGAGACUAACAAUUAUCCUAAUGAAUUGGCAGAAUAAAGCAAGAGAGAAGAGUAAACGCAGAGAAGAUGAGCUGAUAUUGAAACAUGAAAUUCAGUUGAAAAAAUGGAAAAACAAGUUAAAAGUCAAAGGAAGUAUUGGUGAAGAAACCAGUUUCAUUGGACCAAGUUUUUCAGAAGUCUUUAUGAGUGGGACUUCAUCAUGUGACAUUUCGCUGUUACCUGAAAAAGUAAUAUUAAACAUUUUCUUCUACUUCAGUUUAAGAGAAGUGAUCACUUGUGGUCAAGUUAAUCGUGCCUGGAUGUUGAUGACACAGAUAAGCUCAUUGUGGAAUGCUAUCGAUUUUUCCACAGUGAAAAAUGUGAUUGCAGAUAGAUAUAUAGUGUCUACUUUGCAGAGGUGGCGUCUCAAUGUGCUCCGUUUGAAUUUUCGUGGUUGUUCUCUCCGACAAAAAACUUUCAGAUCUGUCAGCCACUGUAAAAACUUGCAAGAGCUGAAUGUCUCUGACUGCCCAACAUUCACGGAUGAAUCAAUGCGACACAUUUCUGAGGGCUGCCCUGGGGUCCUAUAUCUCAAUUUGUCUAACACAACUAUCACCAACAGAACUAUGCGACUCCUGCCGAGGUACUUCCAAAACUUACAGAAUCUCAGUUUGGCUUAUUGCAGAAAGUUCACAGACAAAGGUUUGCAGUACCUGAAUUUAGGGAAUGGAUGCCACAAGCUCAUCUAUCUGGACCUCUCUGGCUGCACCCAGAUUUCAGUCCAAGGCUUCAGGAACAUUGCAAGCAGCUGUAGUGGAAUUAUGCAUCUGACCAUCAAUGACAUGCCAACUCUGACAGACAACUGUGUAAAGGCCUUAGUUGAAAAGUGCUCACGUAUUACAUCAGUAGUGCUCACUGGUGCACCACAUAUCUCUGAUCAUACUUUUAAAGCACUUUCUACUUGUAACCUCAGAAAGAUCCGAUUUGAAGGAAAUAAAAGGAUUAGUGAUGCAUGCUUCAAAUUUAUAGACAAGAAUUAUCCAAAUAUCAAUCACAUUUACAUGGCAGACUGCAAAGAAAUAACAGAUAGUAGCCUCAAGUCACUUUCACUUUUAAGGCAACUGACCGUGUUGAAUUUGGCCAACUGUGUGAGAAUUGGUGAUAUAGGACUAAGACAAUUUCUUGAUGGUCCUGCAAGCCUAAAGAUAAGAGAACUAAAUUUAAGUAACUGUAUACAUCUGGGUGAUCUGUCUAUUGGAAGACUCUCAGAGCGCUGCCAUAAUUUAAACUAUUUGAGUUUACGAAAUUGUGAACAUUUGACUGACCAAGGAAUGGAAUAUAUUGUAAACAUCUUUUCAUUGAUAUCAUUAGAUCUCUCUGGAACAGUCAUCUCUAAUGAGGGUUUGGUGAUACUUUCCAGACAUAGAAAAUUGAAGGAACUUUCUCUAUCCGAGUGUUACAAGAUCACUGAUGUUGGAAUCCAGCUCUUCUGCAAAGGCUCACUGAUCUUGGAACACUUGGAUGUCUCUUAUUGCCCUCAGCUGUCAGACGAGAUAAUUAAAGCACUGGCCAUUUACUGCAUCAGCCUGACAUCUCUCCAUGUUGCUGGCUGUCCAAAGAUUACUGACUCAGCGAUAGAGAUGCUAUCAGCAAAAUGCCAUUACCUGCACAUUUUGGAUAUCUCUGGUUGUAUACUGCUUACUGACCAAAUUGUUCAGGACCUUCAGAGAGGCUGCAGGCAACUCCGGAUCCUUAAGAUGCAAUACUGUACACGUAUUUCCAAGGAGGCAGCUCACAAAAUGUCAUCUGUAGUUCAGCAACAAGAGUACAGCUCUAACGACCCUCCACCUUGGUUUGGCUAUGAUAGCGAAGGCAAGCCUCUUUCAGAGGAUCUCAAUACAACAGUUAAAGCAAACUUGCUAUUUUCAGCAAUGAAAGAGUCAGCAUACAAAAUUGAAGAGGAAAUAUGACCAUCAGAUUUAAGCAGGAAGAACAAAAAAUCUAGAACUUCAUCUGUUGCAAGUUUUACUGGCUUGAUCUCAAUAUCAAUGUAAACAAGCAGCAAAUCAUCUGAUUCUUAUUUCAACGAUAAAUGUUCCUAAAUACAUUGUGAGUUCUUCGGUCUAAACAGUCAUGAUUUUAAAAAGUCAAGUACUACUACUAUGUAAAUGUCCCACCUAAAUUUAACUCUACGAAACCAGUAUUUUUGAUGUGAUUAUCAAAUCUACAGUUACGCUUACAUGAAACAACACUUAGAGAUGUGCCUUUUUUCACAAGGAAUUUAGAAGGUUCUUCCCCCCCCCUAUAGGGCUUGUGCGCUUGCCAGAAAGACAGAGAGAGACAGA